AUGGCAUUUAUGAAGAAUUGGGAUCUUAUUACACCAUAUUUUUAUUAAUUCAACAUAAUGAAGUAUAGAGAAUAGAAAUUUGAUAAUUGGUUUGUCAAACGCUGUUAUCCAUCCUUACUUAGAGAUUAUGAAACCUAAUUGUAUAUCUAAUAUUGUUUAGGAAAGGAAAUCUAAAAGAAUUUAACUGAUUAAGAGUAAAUGUUGAGGAAGAGGAAUUUAAUAUUAUUAACCAGAAAGAUUCUAAGUGCAAUCUUAGGAUUUAAAAGACAUCAGCCAGAAUAAACACAAAUGGAUGGAAACUUUUAAUAAGACUCAUUCAAAAGAUUUAACAGUGUCCAGGAAGAUGACACUCCUAAGUUUUAAAAUUUGUCUUUAAUUUCAUUGAUAUCUCAUACAUCAUAAUUCAGCAAAAAAAGUGAUAGAUAGAAGGAAAGUAGUGACAGUUCUUCUGAUUCAAGCAAUCAUUAACAUUAAAAGAGGUAGAGUAGUUCUGAAUCAAUGAAAAGUAGAGAUUUAUCAACCAAAUAAAAGCAUAAAUCUCAUCAUCAUAGAUAUAACUAUAAUUAAAAAAGUUCAAUUGAUAGAUAUGAUAAAUAUAAAUAUGAAAAAUCGCACAAUUAUGAUAAAUCGAGAUAGAAAUAAAAAUAUCAGAAUUAUAAAUAUGAAAGACCUAGAACUAGUAGAAGAUAUUAUGAAGACAAUGAUUAUUCCAGAAGCAGGGGGUAUAAUAAGAGAAGUAAUAAUCUCAUCUAACUUAAGGAUCUAGCAGUGAAGGCUCACAAAAAUCAUAAGAUUACAGAAGAAAAAGAUAGGAAUCGGUAGACUCUGAUAAAUAUAAAAAUAAUAAGUAUUAUAGUGGAUUUUAAUUUGAAAGAAGACAUUCCAAGACUUACAAAUAUGAUUAUGAAAGUAGUUUUUUAUUUUAUAUAUUAGAAUCUUCAAAAAUGCAAGAAAGCAAAGAAAGAUCUCGAUCCAGACAAAGAAACAAAUCAGAUAGUAGCGAUGGCUAUAGAAGAAGAUCAAAAUCAACUCAUAAAUCCAAGAAAUACUAUAGGAAGUAUUAGUGA